CCGCGCGCCUGCGCGGAUCUCCGAAGGUCGUCCCUGUGACCGGCUUGGCGGUUAGAACAGUUGUCGCCAUGUUGUCGGUCGCCACCCGUUCGGGCCCGUUCGCGCCCGUCUUGUCGGCCACAUCCCGCGGGGUGGCGGGCGCGCUGCGCCCCCUGGUGCAGGCCGGGGUGCCCGCCACCCCAGAGCCGCCUGCUCUGGACGCGAAGCGGCCCUUCCUGUGCCGGGAGUCGCUGAGUGGACAGGCCGCGGGUCGACCUUUGGUCGCCUCCGUGGGCCUCAAUGGCCCUGCUUCUGUUCGUUAUUCUCAUACAGACAUCAAAGUGCCUGACUUCUCCGACUACCGCCGCACUGACGUUUUAGAUAGUACAAAGUCUUCAAAAGAGAGCAGCGAGGCCAGAAAAGGUUUUUCCUAUUUGGUAACUGCAGCAACUACUGUGGGUGUCGCAUAUGCUGCCAAGAAUGUUGUCUCCCAGUUUGUUUCCAGCAUGAGUGCUUCUGCUGAUGUGUUGGCCAUGUCGAAGAUUGAAAUCAAGUUGUCUGAUAUUCCAGAAGGCAAGAACAUGGCAUUCAAAUGGAGAGGCAAACCCCUGUUUGUGCGUCAUAGAACCAAGAAGGAAAUUGAACAGGAAGCUGCAGUCGAAGUGUCCCAGUUGAGGGACCCACAGCAUGAUUUAGAACGUGUAAAGAAACCUGAAUGGGUUAUCCUAAUAGGUGUCUGCACUCAUCUUGGUUGUGUACCCAUUGCAAAUGCAGGAGAUUUUGGUGGUUAUUACUGCCCUUGUCAUGGGUCACACUACGAUGCAUCUGGCAGGAUCAGGAAGGGGCCUGCGCCUCUCAACCUUGAAGUUCCCUUUUAUGAGUUCACCAGUGAUGAUAUAGUGAUUGUUGGUUAGAGACUUGGACUUAAGGCAUAGGCUUCUUUCAGUCUUGAUGUCAUUUCAGUAGAGUCAUUUGAGAACCAGCCUUAUGUAUUUCAAGUUGGUUGAUUUGAAAUAUUUAAGAAUUACCAAUAAUGUAUUUGCAAACAUUAAUGUAAACUAAAUUGAGUUUAAUGUUGACUACUUCCAAGCCACUGUUAAACAUUGUUAAGCUCAGUCAUACACUUAAAAGGUGCAAUGUCUGAUAACUAAUUCUAAUUAAAAAUUACAGACUGGUGUACAAGAUUACUUGUGAAGACUGUAAUUGACUCUCUCAUUUAUUUGCUUGCACAAAUUCUUGUCUCUAGGAGAGGGGGGUAAAUUUAGCUGGUCAUCUGUUAAUUCCUUAAAGGUGUUUAAGGCAUUGGCAGAAACAGGUGUCCAGCUGUUUAUUUUUUUACAGGACUCACUAAGAGUCUUUCUGGCUAUCUUUUUCCCCUGCUGUAUAAUAUGUAUGAUAAUAAUGAACAUAAUCUAUAGGAAACGAUCCUGAAUGAGAUGUUAGCAGCAAUGAGGAUUUAUCUCUCAACCUGACUAGCUGGUUUCCUGUCUAAUUUUAUUUGUCUCUUGUGGAAGUACCUCAUCUCCAUAUACAUACAGUUUAGAACUCUGUGUGUAAACAGUAGAUUAACAUGUAUGUAAUAUGAACUAUAUACUAUAUCCUGACAAUAAGUUUAAAAAAAUUCAAAAGGUCAAAGAAAAUAUAUUCAUAGUAUUUAUUGAAAACUGUCAAAGUAAGUGGACCCACUCAGCUCAAAUAAGUGUUGUUCAAGAGUAAACUACUUAAUAAUUCUUUUAAGUUUUAAGGGGCAGUGGUGGGAUAU